AAAAAAGAACCAAAAAAAAAAAAGAAAAAAAAGCUCAGUUGCAUUUCUGGUUUUCACAUCCUUUUAUCUAUAUGAUCCCUUUCGAUGUGUAGAUAUCUACCAACCAUAUAGGAUCCUACUGCCGUUCUAUGACGGAUACACGGCAAAGGCUUUUCCUCCACUAAAUGGGGCUGUCAGGGUAAGACUCGAACUGAGUGGCCCUAUCAUUCGCCCGCUUUCCCCGUCUGCUCCUCCACGUCCUCCGGCUUGUCCAACUUCGGUGGGAUCCAACUGAUCCUGACCGUCAAAUCCCCACGCUUCUUCUUCUUUAAUUUCUAUUUUUAUGCUUUCUCAUCCUUUGAACAACAUCAUAUCUUUAACUCUAACAUAACGUCGGGUCUACCAGAACUACGCGGUCUUGGUGGUGGACCGGUGCCAUAUCCACUCCGCGGGUUUCCAGCAAACAGAUGAUCUGUUGAACCCGGGGCACGGGCCCGGUCUACUUACGCUUCUUGUGGUUUAACUGCCUGGUCUAGUAUCAAACAAGAACGAAACAAAAAAGAUAUGCAGAACUCAGCGCGGGAUGCUGGGAUUAUACCAUCUUGCGGAGCGCUAGAUAGCUCUUCCGUUGCCCGACAGGGUACGCGAUUAAGCAACGGCCAUAGUCUUGCAAAUCGAAGGCGUAACCUAUUGGCGUGUGAGAUGUGUUAUAAGAAGAAAGUCAAAUGCGAAGUUGAGGGCUCCGACACGGCCUGUAUUCAAUGUAUGCGUCGUAACAUAGCGUGCAAAUUCACCACAAGAAAAGAGAAGAGAGAUAGUCUGAAAAGAACGAACUACGUGAGAACCCUAGAAGAACGUCUGCGGAAGACGGAAUCUUUACUUCGCGCCGCAGGACUUCUAGACGACGAAGACAUCAGUCAACUUGAUACCGGCGGUGAAUUUGGCAACGAGAACUCUGAGGACGAAAGUGAUAUUGAUCAUGGACAAAACGAGCCUUGUGGUUCGAGGAGCCGUGAUUCCGGGAUGCUAAUAUCAAAAGACUCAGUACAUGUUGCAAACGAAGAGUCCAGCAUCACGUCUGGUGCAAAUCUGUCGAGCAAGUCUGUCGAAUGGAGCCAGAAGCUUCCUUGGGAUAGUACUUUACACCAGCCACCCCUCUUCCGCCUUGACUCUAGAGAAGACUCUCGAUACUAUGGACGAUCUUCGUUUCUGUCCAUUCUAUCUCGAGAUGGAAUUGAGUGGAUCAAGAGCAAGACAGGAGACUCUAGGUUUCUUACUUUACUACUCGAGAACAGAGACCAUGACAGCCCCUGGGAUCAUUGGCGGCCAGAUGUAUUUCAUGACGUGUUCUCGUCUACCGUCUUUAAGCCCUUGCCUCCGAGAGCGGAAGUCUUUUCCUUAUUGAAGGAUUAUUUUCGCACAGUGAACCGGUUAUUUCCACUGUACCAUGAGGCGACGUUUAUGCGGUUGGUUGAAUGGCAAUAUACGCAACAGACGUGUGACGAUGCUGCCCGUUGGGCCAGCAUUAAUAUAAUCCUCUCUUUAGCUUACGAAUAUCGAUUUUCCAACUGCCAGAAGUCAGAAAAAGACAGGGAGAAAGCCUGGCUAUAUUACAAAAAUGCUAUGUCAGUCUUUCCCGAGUUGACAUUGCGAAGGACCGACAUCUUGAGUGUGCAGGCCCUUAUUGGCAUGGCAUUAUUUCUCCGUGGUAAUUCGGGUACUCAGUCAGCAUCACCUAUCAUAACAGCAGCCAUACAGUCGUGUCAACGAAUGGGACUCCAUCGUGACGUUCCCAGACCCCAUCUUUCCCAGGCCGAGCAAGAACAGAGGAAGAGGGUAUUUUGGAUUGCCUAUAUCCUUGAUCAGAGGUAAUACUUGUUCAAUAUCUGGCAUCCUUCUUAUUUCAUCUGAAGCUAACUCAGCGAUGGUAGCGCAUGCAUACGGACGGGGAGUUCGCCCACCCAGCGUCCAGACGAUCUUGAUAUUGGCUUUCCCGAGGUCGAUAAUGAUGAUGAAUUCACAGUGAACGGCCAUGCUUCUUUUUUCCGCCAACUUUGUCAUAUGACGCUCAUAAGAAGCCGGAUAUAUGGCAAGCUUUAUGCUGUCAAGUCUCUGCAGAAGAUGUCUCCCAAAGAAAUCUACGAUACUAUCCGGGAGCUCCGGGGGGAACUUGAGGAAUGGCACAAUGCAAGCCCUUUCACCCAACAAGUGAAGCCGAGAGGAGCAGGCGAGGAUUUCCUCGUGGGAUUUGCUACUGCUGGCUUGCAGUUUGGCUAUUUUAACUCUAUGAUCAUGAUUCAUCGUCUGCCACUGACUAUUUAUUUUGCCUAUAUGCGCCAUUCUACAAUCAACGUGAAGUGGGACGUUGAUCCCAAAACUAUCUUCAACGAGUCGACGAAGGCGAGCGCAAUCUGCGUUCAGGCUGCCCGGGACACAUUGAAGCUUGUGAAUAACCUUCCAUGGGGAGACAUAGCUUGGAUCUGGUCUCUGUUGUAUUACAUUUUC